UCUAAUGGUGUAGCUGGAAGCAUAAUUCUGCUUUCAAGCUGGCAACAGAGACAUCCAGGACUUCUUACCCUUUUUCCUUAAAACUUGUGUUCUAGUCCCUUGAGGAUGAGUAACAGCAGUCUGAGCAAUAACAGUAAUCUUACGUCUCCAUCCAGCAUACCAGCAGCCUAUGGGAGCAAACGUAUUGAUGUGAAUAGCAAUACAGCCUUUCGCUCGCUGUCUCCAACUCUGUCUCGAGGUGAUACUGAGGGGCAAGAUUACUAUAACUCUCUUCGAAGAAAUGGUGAUCUCAGUAAUGAGCCAAUAGGAGGCAGAAGUACAAAGCGAAGCAAAAACAGAGCAGAACGACUGAAGCUAUCCCAGUCUGCCUACUAUGACCCCCAACUGAUGGAUGUACCUAUCACACGGGAGCAAAUGAAUCACUAUAGAAAGGUUGCGGAAAACUCUCACAGUGAACUGGCUGCCCUUCAUGUAAAAUAUGAAACGGCCCAAUCAGAGCUGCUGGAUCUUCGUUCUAAACUUUCUUCCAAGGAAGUGUGUCUGCAAGAGCUGAAGGCUGAAUUGGAAAACUACAAGGAAAACAAUGCCCGACAAUCUUCUCUGAUAACCUCUCUAAGAGCAAGGUUACAGGAGACAGAGGAAGAGUCAGGUUUAUUGGCAAAUUCAAAAACUAGAGUAGAAUUUGCAAUGCAAGGAACUGCUCAGGAAAACCGAGGACUGAAAGAAAGACUACAAGAAGUGGAAUCCAGAUUAAAGACCUACAUGUCUCAAUUGGAAGAUAGCAAAUCCCAGGCUUCUAGAAAUAGCAGGAGUCAUGGUCAUUUUGUGGCUCAUCUUUCCUCAAGUUUGGGUAUAGAUCUUACAGAAAAAGAAGAUCCUGAAGUAAUAUUGCUUUCUAAGGCAUGUGAUCUCUACAAAGAGAAUUCUACAUUAAAAGGUGAUAUAUCCACUCUAAAGGAAACUAUUAAUGUCCAUGAGACAGAAUCUAAAGCCAGCCGAGAGACCAUAAUGAAGCUUGUCUCUGAAGUGAACAGGGAGAAAAAAAAGAAUGCAUCCUUUAUCCUACAAAUAGAGACCCUCCAUAAGAAUUUAGAAAGUGUUUCUGAUGACAAAGAUGUACUUGAAAAGGAGAUUAAAAUACUUACAGAAAGGCUAAAUGCAUCACAUCGAGCCUGGGAGGCCAGCAAACAAGCGCUAAACCAGGUGAAGAAGAGCACUACUGAACUGGAUGUGACACUGAAGAACAGUUUGGGAGAAGCCAAAGCGACAAAAAGCCUGCAUGAAUCUUUCAAGGAAGAAGUUGCUGCAUCUUUAGGACUGGACACUACAACUGUGAAACCAAAAGAAGAAGCCAUCUUGGAGAAAAUACAUGACUUGUGCCACAGGACAGAAAACAAACAAAUUAUGAUAACUCAACUGGAAAACAAAGUAUUCAAACUGAGUGAGCAGCUACAGAACCAGUCAGAUCUGCACCAGGAAGCAUUACAUAGAGCUCGGAAAGCUGAGCAACAACUUGAAGACCUGUUGGCUCGGCUAAAGUCAGCUGAAGGUGAACUCGUUUCUGGAGAUGUAAUGCGAGACAAUCUAAGUUAUGAGAAGCAGAAGUACAUGAAGUUCUUGGAACAGCUGUCUGAUAAAAUGAAGUUGGAAAUAAUAACUGCUGAUGUAGGUUUCGACAUGCGUCUGGAUGCCAUCCUUGCCCGGGCAGAUCAGUUGGUCAAAUUGGAAUCAGAUGCUGUCAUUGGAAAUAAGACACUUGCUCACAGUUUGCAAAGAAAGUUAAAAGCACAGAAGGAAAAGUUUGAUAGCAAAGAGCUACAUAUGGAGCUUUUGAGAAAAAAGAUUGCCCAACUUGAAGAGGAAAAGCAAGUACGCACAGCUCUGGCAGUAGAGAGAGAUGAGGCUAACCUAACCGUGAGGAGACUGCAGAAGAAGAUGGAAAGAUUGCAAAAGGAGCUAAGUGCAGCUCAAGAAUCUGUUACUGAGCUGAAAUCAAGACUUUCAGAGACCAAUGAGUUAAAGAUCAAGACAUUGGAACAGCAUAAAACAAUUGAACAGCUGAGAAAAUCGCUGGAAGACUUGGAAAGAGUUAAAAGCAAAACUCAUAAGAAACUAAUUUCUAUUAAAUCAGAAUUAGACUAUACAGAGCAGGAAGCGAAAGAUGAGAAAGACAAAGCAACCAACUACAUUGAAGUUAUCACCAGUGAGCUGAAGACGCUUAAGACAACCUUAGAAGAAGUUUCUAAAAGGGAAAAACAGCUGGUAGACUUCCGAGAGGUGAUAUCACGUAUGCUGGGACUAAACGUCAAUGCCUUGGCAUUACCUGAUUAUGAAAUAAUCAAGCGGCUUGAAGGACUGCUCCAUACCCACCAUCACCAUGUAUUAUCCUGUGCAUAAUGGAUGGAAAAGCAUUAUAUAGGAAAUAUAGGAAUGUGUUUUGAUAUUAAUAACCCAAAUGCUCUUCACAUAUUUUUGUUAUACCUAUUUUUUAAUGACAUUUUAUAUCAACAUACGUGUGGACGUGAAGAAUAUGAACUUGAAUCAUUCAAUGAAAUAAGUAGAAGUGUUAUAAAAUAUUACAUAGUGCCAUAUAUUAACAAUUCAUUGGCAGGUUGCUCGGAUAUGAUUUGAAUGACACAUUUGAAUAAAUAUAUAUAUAUAUAUAUAUAUAUAUAUAAAGCCUAAAAUCUAGAACUGGUUACCUUUGUAUAGUAAGUAACAUAUGUACAAUCACCACAAAAACCUACCCCAUUCAUUAAAGGGUACUACGGUGGAAAACUGUUUUUUUUUUUUUCAAAAUCAAUGGGUGCCA